AUGGCUGCUCUGAUGGUACAUAGUUUUGUCCAAAUAUGGAACAGGAAGACUGGAAUGUCUAAAUCGAGAGAAGCAUUCAUUGAAACAGUGGAAGGAAAGAAGAAAGUUAAAUUGGUGGUUUAUUUCGGUACUGCAGAACACACUUUUCAGCUGAGUAAUAAUAUCAAAAACGUGGUCUUUAGAUCCCACGGAGAAAACGAAAAUCACCUGCAUUUAACUUUCCAAAAUAAUGAUUUCCUAUUUGCUGAAGGAUUAUCAUCCACAGAUGCUGAAAAUUUGAAGACGUUCCUGGAUAGAGUCCAUCAAAAUGAUCUUCAGUCACCCAUGAAACCUGAUAAGGAUGGGAGUAUCUUUGCCAGUACAACAGUACAAAAGGCAAACAACAAAACUUCCUCUCACAAAAUGGAUGAGAAGUCAAGUAGUCAAUCUGUUGAGAAAGGAGAAAGAAAUGAAAUACCUGAUCAUAAGAUGUCUUCAUUUGAAUCAAAAUCAUCAACAUCUACCUGCAAAGAGUCAUUAGGAAAUAGAUAUGGGAAGAGGAAAAAGAUGCUACCAUCUGGCUCAGAGACGAAUAAGAACUUCCUGAAAGGGAAUAUCUCUGUGAGAAAGAAGUCCAAGAUAAACCCCUUGAGAUGGGUAAACCACAAUAAGAAAGAAUUAAGGUUAAAGGGAUUAAGACAGAAUAAUAAAUUGAAAUGUGCACCUUCAUUCAAGAUCAGUUCUACUAGAGACCUUUACCUAGAUGUCAUUGAUAUUCUUCAAACACUGUCUGGGAAAGUAUAUUUGAUGCUUCUGCCAAAACCAAAGUAUAGGCAGGAUGACCCAGAGUGGAACAAGCUCGAGAAUACGUUUGACUCUUACCCGGAGAAGCUAUGGCAAGGCCUCCCCAAUUUGGGAAACACCUGUUAUAUGAAUGCAGUUUUACAGUCCUUAUUCUCGAUUCCAUCAUUUGCUGAUGAUUUACUCAGUCAGGGUUUCCCAUGGGGUAAAAUUCCCCUUGAUGCAUUUAGCAUGUGCUUGGCACAGCAGCUUGUCUUGAGAGAUAUUUAUAACAUGAAAAUCAAGGAGGCGUUACUUGUGAAUAUUAAAAACGCCAUUUCAUCAACUGCAGAGAGAUUCUCUGACGACAUACAGAAUGAUGCCCAUGAGUUUUUAGGUCAUUGUUUAGAUCAGCUGAAAGAAAACAUGAGAAAAUUAAAGACAGUUUCGAAGACUGAAAUUGAAUCUGAGCAAGGAAAUUCACCUCAACAGCUUUUUGCUGGCAGUGGUGCCACCGAAAUGUUCAUUUGUCCUGUCAUCACUAAUUUUGAAUUUGAGUUGCUGUUCUCUAUUGUUUGUAAAGCCUGUGGGCAUGUUGUUCUUAAGACAGAAAUGAAUAAUUAUCUCUCCAUCAACCUUCCCCAAGGAGCGAAUGCACGUCCCUUAUCUAUUCAGUCUAGUUUUGAUCAUUUCUUUGAAGCAGAAAAUGUUGAGUAUAAAUGUGAGGAGUGUUCGCACAGGCAUUCUCUUGCAGCUCAUAAAUUCAGUAGGCUACCCAGGGUCCUUAUUGUUCAUCUGAAACGCUAUGACUUUAAUGAUUCUUGGUCCUUAAAGAAGGAUGGCCAAGAAGUCAUUAUUUCCAAAUAUUUAAAGCUAUCUUCCCAUUGCAAUGAAACUACCAAACCACCGCUUCCCAUAGGCGAGGAUGCACGUCUUAGGAAUUGCAAACUCUUAAAAGCCUUUCAGAAGAUAAAUUCUGAACUCAUCCAUUCAUUGCUACCUUUAACAAAGCUGACCUCGCAAUCCAAGGAUUUUUUGGCUUCACACAUUAGAUCAGACAAAGGGUCUGAACCACAAAAAUGCAACACUCUUUAUAAAGGUUUGAGAAGAAGACAGCAAAAAGACCUGGGAGAACAUUCUAAACGAAAUAAAAUAGAGUCCACAUUGGUAAACCCAGCACAUGCAGCAAUCAUUGCAAAAGAGCUGUUAGCAGUGGGCUUAAUGAUGAAUCUGGAAAAGAGCUCCUUUUCUCUGAAAGAUAUACCUACCAGCAGCCCAGAUACAUAUCAAGAAGUGCCUGAAAAUCCAAAACUAAAGAAAUACGAGAGAGCCAGUAUAUUUGUAGAUCUUAAGAGGAUGGCUGAGACCACCGAAAAAUUUUGUAAAGCUAAAACAAGCAGAAUUUUAAAAUUGUGCCAAGUGCCUGAAGACAUCCAGCAGUGUGAAAAGAUUUCAGUGUAUGAACAAGCCCUUUGGCUGGAGCUGCUUCGAAGCCUUUCUUCAAAGCCAGAUGCCCAGUCAUACACAAAGAAACGCAGAAGAACUACGAAAUUAAGUUGCCAGGGAGCCAAGGUGAAUUCCCUAGGAAACAAAGAUGUUUUAAAUAUGGAGAAGACAGAAGCUGCAGCCAGGAAAUCAAAAAGAGAAGCCAAGGUGGGAGAUCGUCAUGCCUAUCGGCUCAUUGGUGUUAUCAGCCAUCUUGGAAAAACCCCAGAUUCAGGCCAUUAUAUCACUGAUGCCUACGACUUUGAGAGGCAAGUGUGGUUCACGUACAAUGAUCUACAGGUAUCAAGUAUCCAGGAGGCCACAAUGCAGAAGGCUAGGCUUUGCACUGGGUACAUCUUCUUUUACAUGCACAAUGAGACCUUUGAAGAGCUGUUGGGAAGGGAAAAGAACUCCCAGCCUCAUAGCACAGAGGCAGGGGAGACUCCUCAGGAGUAG